AUGACCGUCGUCGUCCAUAUUCUGACUUUUGGCCUGCUGUCUAUCUGUGUUUUGGGCCAGACAUGGUGCAACAAAAACUACAUGGCGACUGAGCCCAUAACGGACCCAGGAGGGAGGUUCCCCACUCCUGCCACAUCUAGCCACCCUCUUUUGGCGCUUCGCUGUGCGCCAGCCAUCCGUCCAUAUCUUCCCGAAGACGCUACUCACCCUACGACGACGUCCCCCACCGAAAUCCUGGUCGAUACACCUAUUGUGUUUGCUCAGGUUAACAACGCUGCACCAAUCACACUUUCGAAAGACGCUCUUUCUGUCAGUGUCUCUGUUGACGGAAAACAAAUCGCUGGUGGAUCUGUCCCUCUCAACGCAACAAAACACGCCCUCCCAUUCGCACUGUCCGCAUUGAAACCACAGACAGCUGCAUAUACGAUCACUUGUUCUGCUACCCUCGGCAAGCAGACGUUCAGUGCGACGAGUCUGCUCACCUACCUACCUGACCCUCCGCCAAACAUCGGCUCCGUUGUUAAAUUCGAUGCACGGACUGGAGCCAUCUUGGCGCGACCGCUAAAUGGACCUAGUGCGGCCGCGUUCGAGCCCGUGUUUCCUAUCGGCUUCUACACAGGCUUUGGAAACUACUUACAGACGAAUUAUACUACUGCGCUACCUGAAUUGAAAGCUCAAGGUUUCACGGUUGUUCACCCAAUCCCAUCCUUCGAUAAUAUCACUCUACUCAAUCAGGUCUUGGAUUUGAUGGAGAAAGAGGGUUUGUGGCUCAUGUAUGACAUGCGAGGGACCUAUAUGAAUGAUACCUCUGUAACUGAACAGGUCAACCGCAUCAAGACACGCAAAAAUCUUCUGCUCUGGUAUACGGCCGACGAGCCCGACGGGACCAGUGACCCUCUGGGUGCAACGCUGCAUUCCGCUAACCUAAUCAACUCUUUGGAUGGUGGAGAUGGGGUCGGCGGCGCAGGAUAUCACCCUGUAUCACUCGUGCUCAACUGCGAGAAUUACGAGUACACUGCCUAUGCUAGCGGAGCCGACUUCAUCCUUCAAGACACGUAUACCAUCGGCAACAAUUUGUCAUUCUCGACAGUCUGGGGCACCCCUUGCACGGACGAUUACGGUGACUGUGGAUGCGACAACUGCCACGCUGGCUUCCCAGACAUUGCAACACGCAUGGACGAGUUCAAGUCGCGCAACUUCGUCAACGGCUGGGAACUUACCAAAGCUGUCUGGACGGUUCCCCAGGGCUUCGGAAACGAAUCGUAUUGGCCACGCUACCCGACCGGCGAAGAGUGGGUGCUUGAAGCCAUUCUGGGCAUCAACCACGGUGGGACGGGCGUGAUCUCCUGGGACGACCCCACGAUGCCUGACGUCAAGGCCUCUGCUUCAGGCCUCGCGAAAGCCCUCAGCAGCGAUAUGGCAGCUUAUAUUCUCAGUCCCGAAGCAAUUUUCCGACAAAUUACGUUCCCCAAUGGCGUUGAUGCUGCUCUCUGGACAGUCGCCAGUCAAACCCUUGUGCUGGCGACCAACAUCAACUACAAGGACGAGACGGUGACUCUGUCGCAACUGCAACUUUCAGGGAAAAUCAAGCAGGUAUUCAAUAGUGGGAGCAGCGUUGGCUCAGGCGGGAAGGUGUUGAAGUUUGGCGCGGUUGGAUCUGGUGGAUUCGUUGUAACAAAAUGA